GAGAAAGCAUCAAGAUUCUUUUCAUUUGACAAAACGAUUUGAACACGAUGACACCUGCAAAGUUUGUCUUUUAUCUGACAUGUUUGUUCCUGGGGAAAUUGGUCCAGAAGACCCAUCUGCAACCACAGGCAUCUGUUAAUCAAGAAAAAGAUUUUAUCUUAGCUGAUGUUGGAAAAAAUGUGAGUUUGCAUUGUUUCUAUGAAGGUGACGAUUCAGCGUGGAUCUUGUGGUAUAAGCAAACUCUGGGACAGAAACCGAGGCUAAUCUCUACCUUCUACGUGUACGAUACAAAAAUCACUUUUCAUGAUGAAUUCCAGAACAAUCCACGGUUUACACUGGAUACAGGAAACAGAAGAAAUAACUUGAACAUUUCAGAUUUGAAAAUCAAUGACUCAGCUACUUACUACUGUGCAUGCAGCUAUAGAUUUGUGUUAACUUUUGCAGAGGGUACCAUUGUCAAAGUAAGGGAGGCAGGUUUGAAAAACCCAGCUUUAGUCCAGCAGUCACCAUCUGAGACCGUCCAGCCAGGAGGCUCUGUGACUCUAAACUGCACAGUACACACUGGGACCUGUGAUGAAGAACACAGUGUUUACUGGUUCAAAGAAACAGAAGCAUCUCAUCCAGGACUGAUUUAUACUUAUGGAGGCAAAAAUGAUUAUUGUAGGACGAAAACUAACCCACAAGCAGACGCCUGUGUCUACAACCUGCCAAUGAAGGAUUUGAAUCUGUCUCAUGCUGGGACCUACUACUGUGCUGUUGAUUCAUGUGGACACAUAGUGUUUGGAAACGGGACCAGAUUGGAUCUUAGCCGUGAGGCAGAUUUUCUUGUCUUGGUGUACUACUUGAGUGGAGCUUUGGCAUUCAGUACCAUCCUGGUUCUCCUACUGGUUUUCUCAGUAUGCAAGACAAUCAAGAGAAACAACUGCCUUUGCCCAGAGUCUCAUGCACAAUUACCAACUCCUUCAACAGCAAAUUCCGAGGCUUGUCAAGAUGCAGACAGCCUCCAUUAUGCAGCUUUAAGUGCUAAGCAACUUAACAGAUCAAGAAGACAGAAAGACAACACCAAGAGUGAAUGUGUGUACUCCAGCAUAAAGCAGUAAAUAUGGACAUUUCAAUGUUUAAAUGUUGAUCAGACAAAACAAUUCUACAUUCUGUUCAAUACAAUUUAUGACCAGUACUAACAUUCUAGCCCAACUGCAACUGGAAAAUCGGGGGAAUGCAUGUCUGUAGCUUGUCUCCCAUCCAUAUUCCAACAGGAUUCAUUCGCUGUUACUUGAGGAAUUAUUAUUUUUAAAUACAUAUACAUUUCUGAUCAGUAUGUAUUCAUUUUAAUAAAUAUUUGAUCUCAAGGUUGUAAAAAAACUGUUAUUUAAGAGAUACUCUCUGUAUAAAUGAAGUUUUCGUGCCAGACUACAAACAAAUUCCAAGGUUUCAGUUUUUUCCUCCUUUUUUGAACUGUUUUGUUGGAUUUUAGGCAUUCACAUUUACUAAAAAACCAGUACUGUGACUAAAUAAAGCUGCUAGGCUAUGGCUGUAGACUCACUUUUCAUGUUAUCUCUGUCAGUGCAACAUCAAUGAUCUUGUGUUUUGAGCCAUUCCAGAUUGCCAGUAUUACUACUUCAGGUACUAUACAGAUUAGUACCAGAGCCAAUCUAGGAAUUUGCUGCAAUUAAUUUGAAGCUAUAGCAGAGCGUCGUCAAGAGAUAGGUCACAGCAAAUAGAAGAUGAACCAGUAAAAUUAUUAUAUACACCUUUUUCUAAAAAAAUAUACUGGUGGCUACCAGUGCAAUCCCUCAGCCUCCUACUAGAUGUAUUGUAUAAAUUUGAAAAUACCAAGUGACAUUCUUCUUGAGUGACAUUCCCAACACUUAGAAAAAUCUGAUCUUUGACCUUGACCUGUAGGUCAAGCUCACUGAAUUCUAAAAUAUAAAUGUAUGCUAUCACUUUGAAGCAAAAAAAAGUGAUGAUUUGUACUAUCCAAAAACGACCAUAUGUCUCUAUAGACCUGUUGUAUCCGGGGUUUUUUUUUCCCUAUGUCAUUGGGAAAAAUGACAUAGGGUCACAUUCCCCCUGACCUCACAAAUAUUCAAAUUCAUCCAAGAAUUUUAGUAGAUAUGAGUUAUUGUGUUCACAAGAUUUUCAGUAAAUCUGACCUCUGAUCUUGAUCAAGCUCGCCAGGAUUCCAGAGUCGUCUCUAUUUUUUAAGGCGGCUGAGAUCUUUUAAACAUCUGUUGAACAAUGGUCAGGAUUUUGUCUGUUGCACAUUCUCUACAGUGAAAAUAACAAAGUUCUCAUUUUAAAGUAAAAUGUCAAUCAUAUACAUGUAGUUUCCCUCUCUGUAAUGUUCUGGAUAUUUAUAAUUUAGCUAUUUGUAUAUAUUAUAGCUAGUUCUUAUAUUUUGUAAACUUUGUAAUAUACUGUAUUAUUUAAUUCAGCAUGUUCACAUGUUCAGCAUGUUACUGUUCUUACUGUCUUGGAGCAACUGUAAAUACAUACUUUUAUUUUUUUUAUUUUUAUUUUUUUUUUUUUUUUUAGAAAGAGGGGCAAUACAUAUUAAUGAACAUUUUAAUAAAUGUAAAUAUGCCAGAUUAUAGCCUUGGGCUAAUUUCCGUCUGCAGACCCUCUGGCAGGUUGGUGUUAAACACAAGUUAGUAAAAACAUACAGAGACACUAUUUACAGGUCAUGUAACAGAGACAAAAACAGUCAUCACAUUAUACUAGAACAAACAAAUGACAAGAAGAGUGGACACAGAGGACAGCAUAGAUAACAAUAACGGAAACACAUCAAUUAUAUUGCACAAACCCCAGUAUUGCAUAUGCCCUGACUGUCGUGAUAUUGCACUAACAGUUGUUUCCCUUUUAGUAAUACACUAACUCUUUUUCCCGUCCAAUAUAAAGCAACUUUCCAUAGGGAUUAAUAAAGUAUUCUGAUUCUGAAUAGCCUGUCCCACCUGCAACUCGUCGAAAAUGCAGCUGAAAGAGAAGUACUUGCAGCUACUGACAGUUACCAAAAAGAGAGAGAGUAUUACUCUGAUAUUUGCAUUUUUACACUGGCUGACAGUUAAAUACAGAGUUGAUUUCAAGGGUCUAUUAGUUGUUUUUAAACCUCUCCAAUGGCUUGG